AAGAGCCUGUUGCAAGGAAUUUCAGAGUAUAUCCAUUAACUACACGUGACCAUGUCACCCCUUCUGAAGAUCAAUUAACUGUUUAAUGUCAGGGGAGAAAAGCCACCCAGAAUAUGAUUUUUUUUAAACAUUUGACUGAGCUAGUCAAGUGCCAUGUAUCGACAAAUUUUAUCGUCUUUCAUUACCCGGCUAUCAUCUAUAAAAGUCUCCAUGGCGACAUGUUUUUUAAAAAAAAAAAAGGUAUUUCGCCGAGCGUCAGAACAGAUCUAAAAAUAGGAAGACACGGUCGAGGAGUUCCACGCCAAAUAAUAACAAAAAUGGAGUCCAGAGACUGAGAGAAAAUCGUCGAUGACUACGAGCUGGCGAGAAAUGAAUAAUUAAAGAGAUCUGCAGUGAAGGUCCAGGUAAACAGAGGCUGAAGCACGUUUCCUAGGACGGUGAGAUUUCGAUUUCUGAGUCGUAGAUGAGGAAUUAGAGAUAAUGGAUGUGGCACAUACCAAAUACUGGAACGACCAAAUCAAAAGCAUGGUGGGACCAUGUAUGAUUACUUUUGCUAUUCCUCUGACCAUACCUGGACUUACUAUAACGCUCGUGGCGUUCAGUAACGAGAAAUCGUUUCCACUGUAUGGGACGUUACAUAUUACUGGGCUUAUCCUUUCAAUUAUAUCAGUUUUUCUUAUUAUUUUUGGAUGCAUGUUAAAGUUCAUCUGGAAACCAAUCAUUCUACCAGACAUUGAGCGACAGUUGUCUCCUCGAGAAUCUGUCAGAAGUGAAAGAGGAAAUUCAUUUUACAGGAAAGAAAUUGAGAGAAUUCAAAGAGCAAAUCUUAAAGAAAAUACUACAGAGAGUAAGCGAAAAAGCAGGUCUACAAAGACAGAAGAAACUGUUCUAGGUUCUCAUAAAGAUACAGAAACGGUUAGAUCGACCCGUACAGGAGAAGAAAACGACCAAACUAAAACAAGACAUUCAGAACAAGGUGAAAAGGGGUCAGCGAAAGGUGACGGUGAUUUACCAGCACUGCCCCGAAAAGACUUUUCGAUUUUCUACUCUCCACGAGGGGUUCGUUUACCCCCGAUAGAAACUACUGAUAGAGUGGGCGUGUCUCGUAGUCGAUGUUCAAGUACUGAUCAUGAUGGACAGGAAAUCUCCAGAGGAAGUCGAUCUAGUGAUCCCGGGGAAACAGCGACUUAUAGAAAAAAGAAAAAGAAACGAAAACGUCAUAAUAAAAGAGAAGAGGAGGAGGAGGAGGAGGAAGGAAAUGAAAGACAACGGGAGACUGUGUAUGAAACCCCGGGGUCCCCCAAACAGCCCCCGGGGCCCCCCAAACAGCUCCAACUGCCAAAAUUACAGAAAACAAGGGAACAUUUAGUGGAUGAAAACUUUUCAGGGGAAUCAGUGAAAUCGUCAAAUUGCAGUUUGCUAAAUGAGGAUACUUCAGAUUCAACCAAGAAAAGAAAACGUCGAAAGAAAAGAAAAACGCUGCGUGCAAUGCGGCAAGAAUCGCAGGAGAAAACGAAUAUUGAUGGUGACCAAUCCAAUAGUCGGUCUACAUCACGUGGGUCACAAGACAGUGAUGAAGCGAAAACUUGCAAUCCAAAUUCCGAUUCAGAUAGCGCCAAUCCGGUUGUUUCUGAUUGAGCUGUGCAUCGUAUUCGCCAAAAGAUCAAUGUCAGUGCUAUUAUUUUAAUUGACAGAAAAUGGUGUAGUUUACAUGGCUGUUAACCUUGUCCGUCCAGCUACGCAAAUGAUAUCAGACAGCUUUCUAGGCUUAAAAAGUGUCUGUGAUAUUUUUUUUAAUAUAAAAUUUAUGUCAUAAUUGUUUUGUGAAUAAACAUUUCUGAAAUAAUAAAA